GGGGAAGGACAACUGAAGACAGGUCUUCCCGCACAGCUCCAGGAGCCACAUUUGCAGCCUCGUCUGCCUGUCCAGAACCUGCUCCCAGGCUGACACCCCUUGGAUUCAGAAGACCUCACGCAUUCAGCCUUUAUCUCCCCAAACACAUACCAGCCCCAUCCUCCCUGCUGCCACUGUCCCAACAUCACCCAAGUUGGCCUGGGGACAGGAGUGGCCAAGAGCAGAGACAAGAUCCCACAGGUGAGCUUCAAGAUGGGCUCUGAGCUGGAGACGGCGAUGGAGACUCUCAUCAAUGUGUUCCAUGCCCACUCGGGCAAAGAGGGAGACAAGUACAAGCUGAGCAAGAAGGAGCUGAAAGAGCUGCUGCAGACGGAGCUCUCCGGCUUCCUGGAUGCCCAGAAGGAUGCAGAUGCUGUGGACAAGGUGAUGAAGGAGCUCGAUGAGAAUGGAGACGGGGAGGUGGACUUCCAGGAGUAUGUGGUGCUGGUGGCUGCCCUCACAGUGGCGUGCAACAACUUCUUCUGGGAGAACAGUUGAGGAGACGGCCCCAGCAGGCAGCGCCCUCCCCCUCCACCCUGCCAUGCCUGCUCCUUCAACCUGCUUCCUCCUCACCUUACUUUUCCCUCCCCACCAACAAGGGCGCAAGAAUAGUGGGCCAGGCCUGCAAUUCUUCUUUCAUUAAAGGCUUCUGUCUCACCCGCCA